UUUUCAACCUAGGUUAUUCUCUCCUUUAUCCAAUAUAAAUACCCAAGCAGGGGAUGACCACAACAUACCACAAACCAGUAUUCAGCAGCUGUAUUUUUAAGUUCAAAAGUUCAAAACCAGUGCAAUGGCAACCGCUUCAUCAGCACAAGGGAUGUGGUCCUUGCUCAAGGAUAUCGAUCACACAAAGACGACCUGGGCAAUCAAGGUUCGGGUAGUUAGGGCAUACGAAGUUCCUCCACACUCUAAGGGCGUGGAGACUCUUGAAAUGGUUUUGCAUGACGCAGAGGGAGAUCGGAUUCACGCCAUUAUCAAGAGGCCGCAGAUAGCAAUGUAUAAGCCUAAUAUUACAGAGAACAAAAUUUAUGCCAUAAGAAACUUUUUGGUGCUUGACAAUUACCAAACAGUGAAGACUACAAGUCAUCCCUACAUAAUUCAGUUCAUCUCAAAAACCCUGUUGAGGGAAGAUACGAAGACGGAAAUGCCUAUGAUGGUCUAUGAUUUUCAGCCUUUUGAUAUGCUGCAUGCCCAAAGAGUUAUCAAUGACAAAACUCUAAUUGAUGUCAUUGGGAAGGUUCUGUCCAAGAGCCUUAUCCAGACCCACAUAAUCAAUGGGAGGACUGAUAGGCUAAUGGAGUUGACUUUGACAAACCCGGAGGGUAACAGAUUGGGCGCCGUAUUGUGGAACAAGUACAUAAACCAGUAUCUGGAUUAUGUUAAUGCUAAUGAAGGAGUGCCUGUCUUCGUGAUAUUUCAACUAUGUAGGCCAAAAAGAUACCAAGGGAUCUUGACAGUGAAUUCGUCUUUUGAUGUAUCAAAGCUCAUAAUCAACGGGAACACUACUGAGUUUUUAGAGUUCCAAAGCGAGUUUCCAGCAGAUGGUGAUGACACCACGACUCAAACCUGCAACACGCAAUGCUCACAUGCGGAAGGGAGGGAUGAUAUACUCGGUGGAAAUGCUGUCAUUACCACCAUGGAGGAUUUGAUGAAGGCAACUGAGGAGAAUGUUUAUUGGGUACUUGCUGAGAUAGUUUCUAUAGAAAACUAUCGAGAAUGGUGCUACCUAAGUUGCCCAACAUGCCACAAAAAAUUGCAAUCAAAAGAGGAACGGUUUAGGUGUACAACUUGCAGCAUGUCAAUGGCAGAAGGAGUUUAUCGGUUCAUUACUUAACCUAAUGUGCUUUUAUGGGUGUAGGAUGUUCACGUUUUUAUUUUAGUAAUAAAAAUUGUUACUCUGAUGAUUCAGCUACAAGGUCAGUGUAUAUUAUGGACAA